CAAGGCUUCGGGGCUGUUUGAGCCCGACUUAUGCCUUGGCCUCCGCCUUAGGGCUCCCUUUCCUCUCCCCCUACCCCCAGAAGAAAUCAUGGGGGAUUGGAGAGAAUCCCUGCCUUGUAGUGAGGAGGAUUCUGGCGGGUGAAUUACCUCCCCGAGGAGUGGGGUACAGCCCUGUGCGCUGGGGUGUGCUGAGGCUGGGCCUAGGGCAUUUCAGGACCUAGGUCAGCGCUCUCCCGUGUCCAGCAGGGCUGGAGUCUGCAGCCCCGCCCCAGAGUCUGAGCACUUGCAGCCAUUCGUCACCCUCACAGAGCAUUGCAACUUUAUGCCUACGCAUGAAAACUGGAGGGACUCAUCCCAGAGUUUGCUGCCGCCGCUGCCGCCGCUGCUGUUAGAACAGUUUUAAUUAGCUGCAGGAUUUUAAUGAGCUGAAAUCAAGAAGAACCCCAUCUCAGAAGCAAGCAGGAGCCGCACACACGGAAGAACUCGUCUGACAAAACAGAUGGAGGUGGUGUUCUCAGGGGACUGGGCUGUGUGCUCCGUUUCGGUGAGGAGCAAAUGAGUUACUGAGGCCAGGAGGCUGCGGAGGAGAGGCGGGAGGUCAGCCCCAGCGCAGGAGCCUCGGCAGGGGCAGAGCGGAGGCACAGCCCCCUCUGCCGCUCCGGUGGAAUGCUUGGUGCCGGAUUCAAGGUGACGGCAGUGCCUGGCUCCAUUCUCCUCAAGUUGCCAUAGCAGCCUCUCUCCCGAUGAGCAGCUCCUCCUGGAGCCCUCAGCCGGGAGGGACGUCAUUGUUCGCUCCUGCCCGUGCAAGGAGGAGACUGACUGGACAGAGAACUUUCUGGGGCCCGGGGUCCACACACCAAGUGGGUGCUCCCAUGGGCACAUGGCCGGAUGCCUCCGGCUGUCUCCAGUGGGGCACGGGAGCGGGUCCUCACAGCCAGAGGGGGUCCUCUGGGUGACUGGCCUCCAGGCCUUGGAGCAGCCGCAGCCAAGCGUGUCCUUGGAGCCAUCCGUCCAUCCGCCUGCCGGCCUGUCGCCACUGGAGACUGUGGCCUGAUGGACGCUUGGUGUGGAUGAUGAGGGAAGAACGCACCUCCCACACCCGAGAGGUGAGCCCGAAGCAAGCCCCGGAUGACCCCACGAGCCGGAACGAUGCGGCUGGCCUGCAUGUUCUCAUCCAUCCUGCUGUUUGGAGCCGCAGGCCUCCUCCUCUUCAUCAGCCUGCAGGACCCCACGGAGCUCUCCCCUCGGCAGGUGCCAGGAAUAAAGUUCAGCAUCAGGCCACAGCAGCCCUACAACGAUCUCCCACCAGGCAGUUCCCGGGAUGGUGACUUGAAGGCCCCUACGGAGAAGGUCACCCGAGACUUGUCCAGCCGGGCCCCAAGGGGCCUCAACCUGCUGGUACCCGACCGGCCUCGAGCCCCCCGAAACAUGGGGGCCCGUCUGCGACCCCGGCAGCGCCGCCGGCGGCUGCUCAUCAAGAAGACGCCCGCUGCUGCAGCAGCCGUCCCGGCCAACGGCUCGGCCGGUCCCUUUGUGCGGCCGGCGCCCUGGGCCGCGGACGGCCACUGGGUCACCCUGCACCGGAGCCAGCAAGAGCGCAAGCGGGUGAUGCGCGAGGCGUGCGCCAAGUACCGGGCGAGCAGCAGCCGCAGGGCGGUCACGCCCCGUCACGUGUCCCGCCUCUUCGUGGAGGACCGCCACCGGGUGCUGUACUGCGAGGUGCCCAAGGCGGGCUGCUCCAACUGGAAGCGGGUGCUCAUGGUGAUGGCCGGGCUGGCCUCGUCCACCGCGGACAUCCAGCACAACACCGUGCACUACGGCGGCGCCCUCCGGCGGCUGGACACCUUCGACCGCCAGGGCAUCCUGCACCGCCUCAGCACCUACACCAAGAUGCUCUUUGUCCGCGAGCCCUUCGAGAGGCUGGUCUCCGCCUUCCGCGACAAGUUCGAGCAUCCCAAUAGCUACUACCACCCUGUCUUCGGCAAGGCCAUCCUGGCCCGGUACCGGGCCAACGCCUCUCGCGAGGCGCUGCGGACGGGCUCCGGCGUGCGCUUCCCCGAGUUCGUCCAGUACCUGCUGGACGUGCACCGGCCCGUGGGCAUGGACAUCCACUGGGACCACGUCAGCCGGCUCUGCAGCCCCUGCCUCAUCGACUAUGACUUCGUGGGCAAGUUUGAGAGCAUGGAGGAGGAUGCCAACUUCUUCCUGAGCCUCAUCCGGGCGCCGCGGAACCUGACCUUCCCCCAGUUCAAAGACCGGCACUCGCAGGAGGCCCGGACCACGGCACAGAUCACCCACCAGUACUUCACCCAGCUCUCGGCCCUGCAGAGACAGCGCACCUACGACUUCUACUACAUGGACUACCUGAUGUUCAACUACUCCAAGCCCUUUGCAGACCUGUACUGAGGGGCGGGGCCCGCGGCCACUCACCUGUCUGCGCGGGCAUCCCACUGUCCGUGGUCCCUCACCCGAGAGCUGACACGUACCCGGAGCAACAGAGCUCUGCGGACGUGAGGAGCCGUGGCUGCUCCGUGCCGCUGGCCCGAGGUGGAGGACAGAGGCCCGGGCGUCGGGUGGGGACUCUGGCCCUUGUUCCAUACCCACUUUCUCACUCCUCCGCUGAGGAAGAUGCUGGGGGCUGAGCAGGACCCCAGGAGUCCUAGCUGCAUAGGCCUAGCUCGGCCAAGAGUCAGGAUGACCAGGGAAUUCUGAGGCCCUGAGGACGAGGGCCCCAGCGGUAAGGGAUUUCCUGCAGUCCCUUAGCCAUUGCCUUGUACCAAACCACGUGGUUUGCAGCUUUUCUAUGACCCAGGGGGGAGGUUCCCUCAGAAUGAGGUUCCAAAUAAAGCACAUGGUUUCCAGA